AUGAGUUAUAUUGGCUAUAAAUUAGUGGAUGGAGUGAAAACCUACAAGCUAUACGAUUCAGAGGUAAAGUCAGAUAUCCUGCCAGCACACCCUGCCAGAUUCUCACCAGAUGACAAAUUUUCAGAGCAAAGAAUUAAAUUAAAAGCGGAGCACGACCUCCUUCCAAAGCCAAGCACGAAUUAAUAAAGAG